AUGUCUCUCAAAUCUCUCCUCCUAUCUCUCCCCAUCCUGUGGCGUGGUGCCACUGCACUACCAGCCGGACCUGGCUUUUGGGCUAAUGGUUCAUCCUAUGUCUACUCCUCAGACGAUAUUCAUGCCUCGGCUGCAUACAACUUGAUCGACACGUACGAUGCCAGUAACUGGGUGAACAAGUUCGACGUCCAGGAUAUCGGUGAUCCUACACAUGGCUUCGUAGAUUACGUUAACGGGCAACAAGCUCAACAGCUUGGUUUGCUCAAGACGCAAAACGGUCAAGUUUACAUGGGUGUAGACUCUACAACGCACCUUGACCCCAACGGUCCUGGUCGAAAGAGUGUACGCGUGCAGAGCAAGACAGCCUACAACCGCGCGCUUGUGAUUGCAGACUUUGCACACGUGCCUGGUAGUGCAUGUGGUUCGUGGCCCGCCUUUUGGAUGGUCGGUCCCAACUGGCCUAACCAAGGCGAGAUUGACAUCUACGAAGGUGUUCACAAGGCCCCCACCAACCAAGUCACCCUUCAUACCUCACCUGGCUGCAACCCAGGGAUCGGCUCAGGAGGUGAGACAGGAAGCCGCGGGGGUGGGGACUGCGGUGCCGGCGGCGGCUUCAACGGCUGCGGCAUCUCCGCCAACAACCCCGUCACAUACGGCUCACAGUUCAACGCCAACGGCGGCGGUGUAUACGCCACACUAUGGACAGACGGUGGAAUCAAGGUGUGGUACUUUGCCACCCGCGACAUCCCCGCAAACAUCCGGAGCGGAAACCCCGAUCCCGGAACUUGGGGUACCCCGAUCGCAAACUUCGGUGGAGGAUGUGAUUACAAUGCCAAGUUUAGGGACUUGAACAUCGUGUUCGAUAUUACCUUCUGUGGAGACUGGGCGGGAGGCGUUUGGGGCUCGAACUCUUGCUCCCAGCUUAACCCCAGUUGCAAUGCUUAUGUGGCGAACCAGCCCCAAGCCUUUGGUGAUACGUACUGGCUCAUCAACUCCGUGAAGGUCUACAGCGUCUAG